CAGUGACAGAGGCAGAGACUUAACCACUGCCCUGACGUCAAGUCCAGGCCUCUUCUCACCUCUCUUGUGGCCAAAAAGCAGCCGUAUUUUGAAACUUUAAACCCCAAAGGAAGAAGUCAACAUUUUCUAAUCACUUUAAAACCAAAAGAUGAAUCUAUUGGCCUCCACAUGGGUUGGGUGAAAGGCAAGGAAGGGAUCAAACGGCAGGGAAUAAGUGAAUGGGGAGGGAGCCAUUUAUUUGUUUCUAGUUUUAAGGGUGAUUGAGGUCUCAUUAGGGGCUUGCAAGGGACAGCCUGCUCGAAGUUUGGAGUUUUGCCUUCUGUGACUGCAUCAGGGCCACGUGUUUAACCUGGAAAGUGGAAAGAAGAAGAUCUGCUUCACCCAGAGCCGGUGAUAUUGCAUCAGCCAAUCCCUGCUAUUCGUCAGUUUCCUCAUGCAUCUGCCUGGAGUCACAGGGUGUUUCCUGCUGAACCUGAGCCUCUCCUCCAAGCCACAGCAGCCCCUCCAAAUCUUUCCUUCUGGGCCUUUCCCAGAAAUAAAUUCUUGGUAGCAGUUAUAAUAGUCCAGCUCCUCUAAGCAGAGCAACGCCCCUGGCUUCUACAGGAGACCAAGGCAUUUGGCAGACAGGUAGGUGGCAAGACGGGUACAGGAUCUCAGUCACUGGCUGUCAGGACACGAUAAAAAGUCCUGCAUCACUUGGUCCAACCCUCCUCACUUGGCAGCGAUGCGGGCCCUUCUCUGUGUCCCAGGCCUCCUAGCUUCCCUGGCCUUGCUCCAUGCUGCAGCAUCUGCCACAAGUGAACAGGCCACCAAGACUGCUACCAUGUCUUAUGUUGUGAGUCAGGUCAAGGUCCAAGUCAACAAGGCCUUCCUGGAUUCCCGGACCAGGCUGAAGACUUCCAUGAGCAAUAAGGCGGCCACCACCCGACAGCUCUCAGAGUACCUCAAGCAUGCCAAGGGCCGGACGCGCACAGCCAUCCGCAACGGGCAGGUGUGGGAGGAGUCCCUAAAGAGACUGAGGCAGAAAGCGACCUCCACCAAUGUCACAGACCCCAGCCUGGACUUGACUGCACUCUCCUGGGAGGUGGGCUGUGGGGCCCCUGUUCCUGAAGUGAUAUGCGACAACAGCUCCUACCGCACCCUUACAGGAGACUGCAAUAACCAGAGGAACCCCGCGCUGGGCGCUGCCAACAGGGCGCUGGCGCGCUGGCUGCCCGCGGAGUACGAGGACGGGCUCUCCCUGCCCUUCGGGUGGACGCCGGGGAAGACCCGGAACGGCUUCCGGAUCCCGCUGGCCCGUGAGGUAUCCAACCAGAUUGCCAGCUACCUGAAUGAGGAGGAUGUUCUGGACCAAAACACGUCCCUGCUCUUCAUGCAGUGGGGUCAAAUUGUGGACCACGACCUGGAUUUUGCCCCCGACACUGAGCUGGGGAGCAGCGAGUACUCCAAAGCGCAGUGCGACAAGUACUGUCUCCAGGGAGACAACUGCUUCCCCAUCGUGCUCCCGCACGAUGACCCCAAGGUGAGGACUCAGGGGAAGUGCAUGCCUUUCUUCAGAGCGGGGUUUGUCUGCCCCGCUCCGCCUUACCAGACCCUGGCCCGAGAGCAGAUCAACGCUCUGACCUCCUUCCUGGACGCCAGCUUAGUGUACGGCCCCGAGCCCGGCCUGGCCAGCCGCCUCCGCAACCUCAGCAGCCCGCUGGGCCUCAUGGCUGUCAACCAGGAGGUCUGGGACCACGGGCUGGCCUACUUGCCCUUUGACAAAAAGAAGCCAAGCCCCUGUGAGUUCAUCAACACCACUGCCGGCGUGCCCUGCUUCCUGACGGGGGAUUCCCGAGCCUCGGAGCAUAUCCUGCUGGCCGCGUCCCACACCCUCUUUCUCCGAGAGCACAACCGGCUGGCCCGGGAGCUGAGGAGGCUCAAUCCUCAGUGGGAUGGAGAGAAGCUCUACCAGGAAGCCCGGAAAAUCCUGGGGGCCUUCGUGCAGAUCAUCACCUUUAGGGACUACCUCCCCAUUGUGCUAGGUGUGGAGAUGGAGAAGUGGAUCCCUCCUUACAGAGGCUACAAUAAAUCUGUGGACCCUCGAAUUUCCAAUGUCUUCACCUUUGCUUUCCGCUUCGGCCACUUGGAGGUUCCCUCCACUGUGUCCCGCCUGGACGAGAACUAUCAGCCAUGGGGUCCAGAACCAGAGCUCCCCUUGCACACCCUCUUCUUCAACAGCUGGAGGAUGGUCAAAGACGGUGGAAUUGACCCUCUGGUGCGGGGCCUACUGGCCAAGAAGUCCAAGUUGAUGAAGCAGAAUAAAAUGAUGACGGGAGAGCUGCGCAACAAGCUUUUCCAGCCCACUCACAAGAUCCAUGGCUUUGACCUGGCUGCCAUUAACAUACAGCGUGGCCGGGACCACGGGAUGCCUGGGUAUAACUCCUGGAGAGGCUUCUGCGACCUCUUGCAGCCCCAGACACUGGCAGAGCUGGGUGCUGUGCUGAAGAACGAAAUGCUGGCUAAGAAGUUCCUGGAUCUCUAUGGGACCCCUAGCAACAUUGACAUCUGGAUUGGGGGCAUUGCUGAGCCACUGGUAGAAAAGGGCCGGGUGGGGUCUCUCCUGGCCUGCCUCCUGGGGAAACAGUUCCAGCAGAUCCGAGAUGGCGACAGGUUCUGGUGGGAGAACCCUGGCGUCUUCACUGAGAAGCAGCGGGACUCUCUGCAGAAAAUGUCCUUCUCACGCCUUGUCUGUGACAACACCCACAUCACCAAAGUCCCGCCAAACCCGUUCCAGGCCAACAGCUACCCCCAAGACUUUGUGGAUUGCUCAGCCAUUGAGAAGCUGGACCUGUCACCCUGGGCCUCAGAGGGGAUUUAGGGACCGUCCACACUGUGCGGGAACGCGCCCUUUGGUCCGUGAUGCCAUUUCAAGCAAGUUCAAUGACCACUCCCUGAGCCCUCCACACCGUCCCAGCCCUUCUUUUCAGCCAGGUCUUGUUACACUUGACAGAUGCACACCCCACGCAAGCCCAAGGCCAGAGCCUUGGCCGUUCCAGUUCUUCCACUUGAAAUCCACCGCUCCCAUCCCCUCUGCCUGGGGAGAUCCUCGUUUGUCAUGAUGUCGACCUGCCGAGAUGCCCUUCCAGUCCAGCUUGCCAGAUGUCACCUAUCCUCUCCCUGGAAUAAGUCUUGGCCGAGGCUGUGGCCUUUGCAAUCUUAUCUUUCCUCUUUCUUCUCAACUAGAUUGUAAGUUCCUUGAACCAGGGAAUUGACCUGCUUCUGAGGGUCUCCUGUGCCACCCAGCAAGGUGCUUGGUACACAGUAAGCACUCAAUAAAUGCCUGAUGAUUGACUAAAGAUGCUGGCAACGACACUGUUCCCUUCUGGAAGGCAGGCCUUGGAAUCACUGCCAAUUAAGUAACUAGAUGUUUACAGUUUCAUCACUAAGAGGUGUGCAUGGGUCUGGGGGCAAAGAGGGCUUAGUUUGGUAGAAUUUCAAAGAGUUCUCUAAGAAGAGGAGGCAAGGGGCUCCCGGGAAAAGGAGCAUGGCCACAGCAAGGCAAGAGAGAAGGCCUGGUAAUGUCAGGGAUCGGGGAGGAAAGCCAAGCCUGGAUCCCCCUCUAUCUAGAGUUAAUUUCCCUUCCAGAGGCCCUUCUAGGGUAGACCUUGGAGCCUAGGAGGCCUCUAAAGGGAUAUUUCCAGAAUAUUCCUUGUGCUGCUAGCCAACACAUAUUCAUGUAUUCUUUUAAAAUGACCCCCUGACCCCAGCCAGUUUGGCUCAGUGGAUAGAGCAUCAGCCUGCAGAUUGAAGGGUCCCGGGUCAAGGGCACAUGACUGGGUUGUGGGCUCGAUCCCCAGUAGGGGGUGUGCAGGAGGCAGCCGAUCAAUGAUUCUCUCUCAUCAUUGAUGUUUC